UUUUUUUAACAUUUGUGUCACCGAGGUCUUGUGCAACACAUUUAUUUAGCUAACAACCGGUUUUUUCGACCGUUAAGUAACUCCUGAUGUUAUCCUCGUGACCAAUCGUUGGUAACCACGCUCCGACGUGACAUUGUUUGGCUCAGUAGCGCAAGUAGCACUCGUUAUCCAGGGAGUGUCAGGGGAGUGUUUCUGACUGCUCCGAUAAAGUGGCCCUGCCCACUCAACAAACAAUAUCACAGCACAACAGUGUGCUUAAAGAUUUGGCUGUAAGUUUGUAGGUUCAGUCCUCGAUACGACAUUCAUACUGUACGCUGCUGUUAACUGAGUGAGAAAAUGUGGCUGCAAAUAGCUGGGUUCACUGCCCUGCCACACCUGGGAGGGCUCUACGGUGGUUACCUCACACGCAAAGAGGUAGAUACCUGGUACCCAACCCUGAAGAAACCAUCAUGGCGCCCACCAAACAAAGCAUUCCCCGUAGUGUGGACGUGUCUGUACACAGGCAUGGGCUAUGGUUCAUACCUGGUGUGGAAGGAGCUUGGAGGUUUCACUGACGAUGCACUAGUUCCACUCGGGCUUUAUGGGACACAGCUAGCUCUGAAUUGGGCCUGGACUCCCAUUUUCUUUGGUGCACACAAGCUGAAAUGGUCCCUCGUUGAGAUUGUGCUUCUCACGGGGACUGUCGGAGCCACCAUGAUGUCCUGGUAUCCCAUCAGCCGCACCGCCACGAUGCUCUUGGCACCCUAUCUGGGCUGGCUGUGCCUUGCAACCAGCCUCAACUACUGCAUAUGGAGAGACAACCCAGAGGAAAAAGAAGAGUAGGGAUCAUGACUGUGUGUUUUGAGGAACAUACUUACAUUCUGAAUCACGUACACAAUGUUAUUAAAAAAAAAAUAAUACUAAUAAAAAAACCGGUCAGUCUCACUUUUGACUUUACCAGCUGCUUUAUGAUCUUGUUGGCUGGUCACAGACUUACUAAUACUUGCGUAUAUGUUGCCCAAAAUAAAAAGAAGAAAAAUAAAUAAAGACGACAUUUCUAAAUAGUGGUAUCCUCUUUAACAUCUGCAGUACUUUAGAUCUGAGCAGGCAUUAUUUUAUCUGCUUAGAUACUGUAUAACAGCCUGCUUCUAAUACAUUUACUUUGUUCCUUUAAAAAAAAAAUCCCUUAAGAAUUUUAGAAAUGUCAUUACUAAUAGGAAAAACUGUAAUAUGAACAGAAUAUGUGAUUACAUUGAAAUUAGUUAAGUCACCCCAUCACAUGGAGUUUUGGUUGUUCAGUUUAAAACUGAAAGUUUUUGCCUUUUUUUUUUUCUUAAAUAAGAAAACUGUGUAAACUAGUCCAUGAAACAUUUUUGCUUUGCAAGUAAAUAAUUUGAAUUAAUGGUCAGGUGCAUUUCUCAAACAGACACAAGCUUAACUGAUUAAAUCCUGCCUGGUAAGCCAACUCACGGCCGUGAUGUAGACCAAAAUGUUUUUCAACAUUGUUUCUAUAGACUUGUUUAAAUGUAAAAUUUCUUAUAUGUAAAAAAUUCAAGUCUGACCAAAUAGAAAAACUCCAGGAAAUUGAGUUCUGUAAUCUGUUAAGACUGUAAAAUAACACUAGUGUUACAAACUGAUGACUGUGGGUUAUUUCCACCACACAGCCAGUGAAGGCUUAUAAAAAUAUUUAGUUUGAUUCAACAACAUC